CUCGAUGCUGCGUACCCUAAUAAGAUGUCUAUGGUUGUGACGGAGACGUCAAAACAAUUUAAAAAAUGAUCAUUCACAUCCGGAGGGUGGCGGUAAUGCGCUAAACCAGUUUCUAACCGCCGUGAAACAACCAAGAAGAAGAAGAGGGAGAGAAGGGCGGAAGUGAGCAACACUGCAGAAACGCAAGACAAAAGCGGAAAACGGUGAGGUGGAAUCCAAUUGAAAACAUUCUAAUCAUCAAAAGAGUCGUCGAAAAGGGCGAAUAAUGGCGGCAGCAGAUGAAGCAUUUGGGCUAUUCGAAAGAACGACAGUGUCGUAUGACGACGAAGUUUCUCGAACAAAAGAGAAGGAGCGACAUCAACUGGAAGCUGUUAGCAAGACUCAAAUUGGGCUACACGUUCAAGACGUCCAGCAGCUGAUUGGUCGUCAAGAGGAACGAUCCACUGUGACGCAACAGCAUCCACAGCCCCCGCACAUUAAAGCGGAAGAGGAGGAACUAUGGAUCACCCGGGAGGGAGAGUGUCUUCUAGGGCCGGAGGAAACCGAUCUCACCAAGUUGCAACUGAAUGUUGUCUCUGUGAAGACUGAAGAUGAUGGAGACAAACCAACUGAGUCCUUUCAGCUUCAACACAGUCCAAAUGCCCACAAGCUGAUUGGUCAUCAAGAAGUCAGUUCCCUUCAGCCUCAAGGUGGGAGUGCCAUUUUGAAGCAGGAGGGUCCACAGCCCCCUCACUUUAAAACAGAAGAGGAUGAACUUUGGAUCACUCAGGAGGAAGAAAGUAUUUUAAGACCACUGACUGUUGUCUCUGCGAAGGCUGAAAACCAUGAAGGCGAACCACAAGCGGACAACCUCUUAGCACCACUCUCAGACAGUGAAGACACAACGUCAAACUCUUCCGAAGAUGAAGAACAGGACGACGCCGAAGAACCUUUGAGCAGCGAUACAGGCUACGAAGGUGAUAUGAGGACUCACGCGGACAUCAAACACUCUGAAAGUGCUAAAAAGAGGACCUGCUUCACCUGCCCAGUUUGUGGCGAAUUGUUUUCUUAUAAGAAUGAUUUGUCUCAACACAUGAGAACCCAUCCGGAAGAAAAACUUUUUAGUUGCUCAAUAUGCUGUAAAAGAUUCUCUCGAAAGUCAGUGCUUACAACACAUAGAAAAACACACUUGGCAGUAAAACCUUUUAGUUGUUCAGUUUGUGGCAAAGGAUUCACUCAAAAGGCAGUAAUGAUAUCGCACAAAAGAACACACACGGGAGAAAAACCCUUCAAGUGCUCCGUUUGCGGUAAAAGAUUCUCUCGCCGUUCAGGUGUGGUGUCGCACAUGAGGACGCACACGGGAGAAAAACCUUUCAUUUGCUCCGUUUGCGGCGACGGUUUUUCCCGAAAGCGCAACGUCACUCAACACAUGAGAACGCACACCGGAGAACGACCUUUUAGUUGUUCCGUUUGCGGCAAAAAAUUCACUCAAAAGUCCAACAUGGUAGCGCAUGUGAGAAUACACACGGGGGAAAAACCCUUUCUUUGCUCACUUUGCGACGAACGUUUCGUCGACAAGGUGACGUUGAUCGCCCACAAAAGAGUACACACGGGCGAAAAACCGUUUAACUGCUCAGUUUGCGGUAAAAGUUACUCCUACAGGAGAGAUCUGACGGCGCACGUGCGGACACACACGGGAGAAAGAACGUUGAGUUGUACAGUUUGUGGUAAAAGUUAUUUCUAUAAGAGGAGUCUGACAGCACACAUGCAGACACACCGCUGAAAAUAAACGUUGACUUAUCCACUUUGUGCUAAGAAAAAUGUCAAAUCACAGAAGAGUUACCGUAUUUUCCGCACCAUAAGGCGCCCUGGGUUAUAAGCCGCGCCUUCAAUGAACGGCAUAUUUCAAAACUUUGUCCACCUAUAAGCCGCCGCGUGUUGUAAGCCGCAUCUAACUGCGCUAAAGGAAUGUCAAAAAAACAGUCAGAUAGGUCAGUCAAACUUUAAUAAUAUAUUAAAACCAGCGUGAUGUGGGCGCGCAUGGAGUCGUAUAUCAACAUGGACGAAGCUGCGUGAAAAAAGCCACCCGGCCUCUUCGCGUAAACUUAAACUUACCUUAACCACUCGCUCAUCUUUUCUUCAUCCAUCCCUUCGAGUUAGCUUUUAUGAUGACGCCGGCUGGAAAGGUCUCUUUUGGCAAGGUCUUCCUUUUGAAUAUCACCAUGGGUGGAAGUUUCUGGCCAUUAGCAUGGCAAGCUAGAACCACAGUGAAGGAUGACUUCUCAUUCCCUGUGGUGCGAAUAUUCACCGUACGUGCUCCCGUUGUAUCCACAGUGCGGUUCACAGGAAUAUCAGUUGCUGUGAAAUAGUAAUCCGUGUGCGGAUGGAGAGAUUGCGUCUUUUCAUGAACCGGAUCCCUGUCGCUUAGUAGGAGCCAUUUUGUGGUCUUUACAGAUGUAAAUGUUACGCUUACGUGGCAUUGUGAUGCCGGAGGUCGUCUCUUCAAGAUGCAGAGGGAUGUCAGGAAGCGGCUUGCAGGUGAGAAUAAAUGAUUUAUUCUGAAUGCAGAACAAAAUGCUGCACGGUGCAACACGGCACGGAAAACAAGAGGGUAGCAAAGAUGCUAAUAUCAAAAAUGUAAACUACGAGCGAAACUAGGAGCGUAACUUGUUGCGUAGGAGCAAACAAAACCAACAGACCGAAUGAGGCCAGCGCGUAAACUAAAUAGCCCUCUGAUUAGUGCCCGGGCAACAGGUGCGCGUCCGGGACACUAACCAGAGGCAGGUGACAAUAAUCUGCCGUCAUGGCAACAGAAACAAACUCAAGAGGUGCAGAAAACACAAGUGACUUGAAAACAAAAACAAAAAUAUGAUCCGGGCAGCGGAUCAUAACAGUAAACACACAAAGGAAAUGAAACGUACGGUAAUAUCCGCGCGCUUUUUCUUCUUCUACGCGGACAGGUGGUUGCUUACAGUAGAAGAAGAAGCGCUUCCUGUUCUAUGGGGGCGGGUGCUUACCUUGGCGGUUGCUUGCGUAGAAGAAGAAGCGCUUCCUGUUCUACCGGGAAAAAAGAUGGCGGCUGUUUACCGUAGUUACGAGACCGAAACUUUAUGGAAAUGAAUCUUAAUAUUAAUCCAUAUAUAAAGCGCACCGGGUUAUAAGGCGCACUGUCAGCUUUUGAGAAAAUUUGUGGUUUUUAGGUGCGCCUUAUAGUGCGGAAAAUACGGUAUGUCCCACACGAGAAGUGUUGAUAUCAGAUUCCCUCAUAGGUUCCAGGCGAGUGUGCCGAUACAAUCAGGAGCCAUUUUUAGUUUAAAAAAAAAAAAUGAAGUAGAAUGACUUCUUAGGAAAGAUUUAACACAUUUAUGAAUGAAACAAACAUACAUACAAACUACACAUGCUGUUUAUGUUAUGCCCUCUGUCCUCUUUACUUUUUUAAUUUAUUUAUUGUUUUUAGUAUGUUGUGACCAUCUUUUAUUUGAUUCAAACUAUUUUUCUGUCUGUACUCCACAUGUACUGGCAUGUUUUGUGUACACAUUCUUUGCAAUAAAGAGUACCUCUUUUAAAUGUAGGUUC